UCGCCCGGAUGUUUGUAAACAAUAAGUACAUCGGGCUAAAAAUAUCUUCGACUGCUGCAAUUUUCUAAGACAGAUUUCAGUCUAGGAAUCCAUAGAUUUUAGAUCUAGAUUUCUAGAUCCAUUAACUUUCUUUACAAUUACAAGGGAUUGUAACAUAUUAAGACUAAAUCAAUUCCUUACUUUAUUGCUGUGUGAUUAUAGCAUUAAUACUAAAACGCCCACAUACAUUUGAUAUUUAGUCUUUCAACUCUUUCGAGUCUCUUUGUCUUAUGAAGUAGUGCUGCUCAUAUCCCAUCAAGUAGAUUCUUCCCACCACACAAUUUGUGUGCAGUUGAUGGCCAAACAAGAAGAUAAACAUUAAACAGUUUCUUUUUGGAAUGACUUUUUGUUAAUACUACACCAUUGACCUUGUUUUACAUAGCUGUAGAAACUCCUUGGAUGCUACAAGUAUGGGUUAUAUGCAGGUUGAGAAGCACACAGAAACUCAGCUUCGACUUCUCAGAGAACCAACAUUUCUCUCAAAAGCUGUCUUUGUAGGAUUUUUUGUUGGUAUUCUAGGGAUAUUUUUCUUUGGGUCAGAGUCUUUCAUCUUCAAAGCUCUCAUAGGAUUAUGUGCAACUGGUCUUAGCUGUUUAAUAGUUGACAACUAUGAGAUUUGUGAGUUUGACAAAACUGCCAAUGAAGUUAGAAUGACUCGCCUCCAUUGGUGCCAGUAUAUCUUGAACAAGAUGGUCUCGCUGGGAUCUCCACCUUAUGUGAAAGCCAGACUUGAAGACAUCAGAGAUAUUCGUGUAGAAGAGCAAGGUGGACCGAAUGGUGGUCGUGCUUACCAGGUGAUACUCUCCCUUGAUAGUGGCAUCCAGUUAGGUGUGACUGAGGUAUUCACUACAGAUGAUAUCAGUGAGCAUGAGAAUGUGGCCAGACUUAUCAGUUCCUUCCUGGGUGAUCUACCAGGCACACAGAUUGACGAGGAAGCAGAUGAUGAAGAGGAUGAGGCUAGCUCUUCAGAAGAUGACUUUGAGCAAAUCACCAAAGCUGAGUUGGUAGAUUUAGAACAAGAGGAUAAAGAAGAAACGGAGAAAGGAGCAGGGGGAGAUGACGUCAACAUUGAACCCCAUGUUGAGACCCAACCAGAAGAGGAAGGCAAUGCUGUGUGCUCUGCAGACAUUCAGUCGUCUAGUUAACAUACAUACAGACUUUUGUGCUUUUGAGGGGCUAUAAUUAUGGAUUUGAAGUGACGCUGAUAUCUAACAAUUCGGACUUGUGCAGGGAAUAUGUUUAGAGAUAAUUAUAUCCUAUUAUUAUUUUUAAAUGAUGUCUAACUCCACAGCUAUAUUUAAACUUUUUUUUCUCUGCUGAGUAUGAAAAUAUACUAUCAUAUUGUGUUUGCCAAUGCUGUUCCUAUUGCUAUCAGGAACUAUAAAAAAAAAAUCCAACAAUGAUCACUUUGAAGCGCCACAAGAUGUAUUUUAAAUAUUACUCCACAAUGUUUUAGAUUAGAUGUGUUACAAUUUGCUGCUUUCAGUUUCCUUGUUGCUGUAGUCUUUGUGAUAGGCUAGAAUACAAUGUCUUCUAAAGGCUUUAAUUUAAAGCAAUAACUUGCUGAACUUAAUUAUUCUAUAAAAAAAUGUUACAUCUUAAAAAUAUAUAUAUACAUAAUUUUUGUUUUAACUCCACAAGAAUUGUAAACGUUUGUACAGUGUUUCAUUCGGAAUUUUUUUGUUUUGUUUCACUACCCAAAUUCUUCAAAAUGUUAAAAACAAAAAAUCAAAUUUUUCUCGAGUCUGUGAUACAUCUAAUAGUAAGUAGCACAUUAAUGUUUUAUUUUAUCAGUGGUUUCAAAGCUCAUUUUUAAGUGUAUAAUAUGCAGCAGGCACUGUUUGCAUUUCAAGGAAUACAAAAAGUUGAACUUCUUGUCCUCUAGCUUCUGGGCUUUUGGUUGCCAGCAAGUCCUCAUUGUACUAUGUGUCAUUAGUUUUGUGUUUCUUUCUUUUUUUUCUUUUUAAUUUUACCUUGCAGCACAAAGUGAUGUGUACAAUUUUUGAAGUAAAUCCUUUGGUGUGUACUAUUCAAUGUACCAAUGUUGUGCUGUUACUUGUCAUUUUUUUCCCCACUUUCAAUUUUUUAAACUAUGUAUUUCUUUGUAUAAUCUCUAUGUACAUGCAGAUAUUUCAUAUUAACAUCGUGAGUCAACUGGUCAAUUGUAUUGACAGAAGCUUUUUUUUAAAGUUUCUGAAUACAAAUAUGAAUAAGUAAAUAAAUAUUUUAUUUGAUAUUAUUAACCAUAUUUGGGGGGGGGGCAUUACUAAAGGAGUUUGACUUUGAAUAGUACCCAAAAUUAUUAUUUUUUUCUUCACACUAAAUAAGUGAUUAGAUUUUUUUUUUUAUUAUAUUUUUUUUUUACUUUUUCUAAAAAAAAAUUAUUUUUUUUUAAAGUAUUUCUUGUUGGUAAUGUUAAAGUAAAUAGAAUAAUAAAAACAUAUGAUUAAUUUUAAUAUUUGGUUUAAAAAAAAAAAAGUUGUUUUUUUUUCUACUGUACUUAAAUAAACCAACCAUGAUAAUAGAAUUAUGAAAACAUAAUUAAUUUUAAAGUAUGGUUAAAAAAAAAAGGAAAGCUUUCUUUUUUAUUUGUGUACUCCACUAAAACUAGUCAAGUGUUUUUAAAAAACAAAAUGAAUGUCUCAUUAUUACAUGUCACUUUUUGCCUUAAAGUGUGUCACUAGUAGAGCUACUUCACUGGAAUUAUGUUAACACAUUUCUGAAUGACUUUGUUUUUGUUUCCCACUUAGGUAAUACUAUGGGAAAGUUAAACAUCGCCUAUGUCAUCAUUUGUUGUGAGCUCUUCUGUUUAGUUAUAAUCUAGCUUCAUCUCAGAUCAUAUUUACACAAAGGUCAAGGUCAUAAUUGAAUCCUUUCUUGUUUUUUUUUUGAAACUCUGGCACAAAGAAGAAACUUCUAGCUGAGCCAAUAACUUGUACAUUAAACAAGAUAACUACUUGCUAGCGCAGACGUUUGUUCUCUUUAUUUGACAGACAGUUUGAUUAGUUCUCAUUUGUGGGUUGUUGUUUAAUUUUGUUUUUUAGCUUUAUUUGUGAAUUAAAUUUUGUACACUUUUUAAUAUACUCUUCAAAUUAAUAGUUGUAUUUACUCUAGACUUUUAUUUAUUCUGUUGAUUUGAGAUUUUUCAUUUAUGACAUCUACACAGAGAGAGGAGCUUAGGAGUUGGACUCUUGUCUGAUGACUAACUGGUUUUUACAUUUUUGUGAAACUAAAACUGACCAAAUCAUUGAUGCCAACAUUAGGACAUUUUUGUUUUGCUUUUAAAAGUGAAUUAGGAACAGGCAGUUAACAGAAACAGAAGUCUGUUUGAACUGGUUUUCAUUCUGUUUUCUUAUUUUGCUGAUUAGGCCAAAUAAAUGUCCUAACUAGAAGAUAAGUUUGUGCAUUUACUAAUCAUAAACAAACAUAAGGCAAAUCAAAUAUUUAUUUUAGAACAUUUUUGAAAAUGUUUAUUGAAGGCCACAAUUUUAUAUAACAGUUGCUACCCCAAUAUUUUCUACUUUUUCUUUCUUUGGCUGAAACAGAAAUCUUUUGUGAAACCCAAUAUUACAUUAAAUAUCAGACACAGAGACAUGAUAGUCAAGUUGUGAAAUGCUCGUGUUACAUUUUUUAGUAAAGAUUUGUGUGUCUAUUUGUAAGAUACAAGUGACAUUCCUAUUUGGUUCUGAGCUAAGUAAACAGAGUCCUCUUGGACCAGUUGGGUACCAAACAUCUGUUGGGAAAACUGAAGUAGACCAGUGACCAUCUUUAAAAAUGUUUAGAAAUGGAAACCAUUGCUUACACUACAUCAUUCAACCUUUCUUUUUUUUUUAACAAUGGCCCAUUUUAAACUAAGAGUUUGAUACCAAUUUUCUCUUUCCAUUGCUAGUAAGUGGACAAUCAAAUGGGCAGUACAAAAAGAAUGGGGAAGAGCCAUGUGUGUGUCGGGGAGUAAUACAAAGUUUUGGUCCAGAUGUCAUAAAUGGAUGCUCUCUUCUACUCAAAGCAAUAUUAUGUAAAGAAAAAAAAUCAUAUCAUUUCUAUUAAUCAGUGAGGAAUUUGGUAUUUAAAAAAAUAAGCUUUUUGAGAUCAAAAUUAGUUACUUUUAAAAUUACAGACAAGUUAACAAAAACUAAUAAAACAAAUCUCAAACAUUAUUUUUAUCCAAAUUUGCAUGAAAUAUUUGUUUAAUGUCAAAUUUUGUUUUAAGAAAACAAAAAACUCAAAAUUGAAAAGUAAAAAUAUCACUUUUCUAUCACUUUUUUUUUUACAAUUGAGAUUAUAUUGUCUUUCAAACAGAAAAGAAAAACAAGUUUCUUGGGUUACAUUUGGUUUUGUUACCUGCAAGGUGAUUCUCACCUCUGACACUUGCCAACUAUGGAAUUCAUUUUAACAGGUGUAUAUAAAAAUAAAGGUUAUUUUGGAUUAGCCUGUUAAAAUAACAAUCUUUGAUGAAGUAUCUACAUUUGUUGAAUUUUUUAGUCCAUUUUAUAAAAGUCUUAGAAAGAGCAGCCAUGUCAAUUAGUAUGACAGUACUUAAUAAAGAUUCAACACUUCA